AUGACUACAGCAUUUCAAGAAGACAGCUCCCCAGCAGAGGAGACCAGAGAGGAAUGGGCGAUAGAUGCCGUGCAGCCGCUGUCCUGCACAUGGGAAGAGGUCAGAUGGUUGCGACAGAAUCUCGCUGUUUCCACCUCGCCCUCCUCAGGCCUGCAGUCAAGGCACAAGAUGUUGAAUGCAGCAGCUCAGUUGCAGACAUUACUUGGUACCCAGAACCUGGGCAGAGUUUAUUAUGAGCCCAUCAAGGAUCGACAUGGGAAUGUGCUGUUGGUAACAGUACGGGAGCUCGAGACUCAGUGCUCCUUCAUCACUGGCAAGUGGAUACAAAUCGCCAAGUUUCAGAGCCAAAGGAAAUCAAUGUCCACGCUCGAGGAGCCAACAGCACUUGAUGUGUUACUCAUAACAAUCCAGGAUGUCCUGUCCUAUUCCAAGACGAGUCAGAGGAGACUAAGUCCUGGGCUGUAUUUAGGUUAUUUGAAGCUGUGCAGUUCUGUGAAUCAGAUCAAGGUGAUGGUCCCAACCAGGAUGCCCAACAUGCUCUGCCACAUGAAGGUGUGUGACAACAGCAAUGUUUCCAGAGAGGACUGGGAGUGGAUGAGGAGUCUAUCGGAACAGGAGGGGCUCAGUGGUGGAGGAGAGGCCACAGUUACAAAGCCCCGACUUUUCUUUGAGCUGCAGGCAGCUGUGCGAGCCUUGUUCGAGCAUAUCGACCUCCCCCUGCACCAGGUGCAGCGGUUCCGUGUCUACACUCAGGAGGUGCUGGAACUCAGUCCCGACAUUGCCUUCCUCCUGCUCCUGCCGUCCUCUGACUCAGUCUGCGCUGCUCCUGGACAACGCAAUCCUUCUCAUCAUCGCAGCAAGUUCCUCUACCUCCCGCUGCAGAUGUUUGAAAUCGUUCACUUCAGCUGCUACAGGGAGAGAUUCACGAACCUGUACUGCCAUGUGUCAACAUUAUUGGAGCUAGACUCCCUCAUUUCCCAACAGGCAUUGCGAGAGGCAAUAACAGAUGAAGAACUGCAAUCUGCAAAAAACAGGCACAAACAGGUGUCAGAGUCAAUUCAG